ACGUCGAAGGAACUCUCGUGAAUCUGCAAGGAUCGCAAACGAAGAAGAGGCCGAUCGAUACCCUCGAUCGCGAGGUGCAGGAAGCGCCGGUUUCAGCGAUCGUCACCUCGAAGUCUUCAGGGUGGUUCGAGGGGGGUCGGGAGGCGCGGACGCCCUGGCGACGGCCGGGGUGGCGUACCCGCCCGCGACGGCGACCCUCUUCCCUGCGCGAGUGCCUCCACACCCCGAGUUUACCACGUUGGAGCUGGGCUUCUCAUCGCGAGGCACCACCGCCUCGAUGGCGUUGGUCGCCCCGCCGCCCUCGUGGGCCUCGCGGGACCCCGGGGCCUCACUUGGCGGGGGGCCCCUGCAGGUGGGGCCCCCCCCGCCGAUGCCGCCGACGCACCUCACGCCCUCCGCGACGCCGGAGGACAUAACCGCCCUCGUUCCCGUCGGGAGCGUGCUCACCCCCAGGGAUCCCUUGCCGCCCAGCACCACCCCCGGAAGUCAGGCGAAUAGCUCGCAGUCCGGAAGCUCGCAGACUGACAAGUCGCCGAAUAUCGAGUGCGUCGUUUGCGGGGACAAAAGCAGCGGCAAACAUUAUGGACAAUUCACCUGCGAGGGAUGCAAGAGCUUCUUCAAGAGGAGCGUCAGGAGAAAUUUGACCUACUCUUGUCGGGGGGCUCGCAACUGCCCCAUAGACCAACACCACCGUAACCAGUGCCAGUUCUGUCGACUCAAGAAGUGCCUGAAGAUGGGCAUGCGGCGGGAAGGUAUGCAUUCUGUCCAACGGGGACGUGUUCCAGCGUCGCAACCCUCGCUCUCGGGGCUCCCGGGUCAAUUUACCUUGACGAACGGCGACACAGUGGCUUGCGCUGGUCUGAACGGACACUCGUACCUCUCCUCGUACAUAAGCCUCCUCCUCAGGGCCGAGCCGUACCCAACGUCGAGGUACGGCCAGUGUAUGCAGCCGAACAACAUCAUGGGUAUCGAUAACAUCUGCGAGUUGGCGGCUCGGCUCCUCUUCUCCGCGGUCGAGUGGGCCAGGAACAUCCCCUUCUUCCCCGACCUCCAGGUCACGGACCAGGUCGCACUCCUGAGGCUAGUUUGGAGCGAGUUGUUCGUUCUGAACGCGAGCCAGUGCUCGAUGCCGCUCCACGUGGCACCGCUCCUGGCGGCCGCGGGACUCCACGCUUCCCCCAUGGCAGCAGACCGGGUAGUCGCCUUCAUGGACCACAUACGAAUAUUCCAAGAGCAAGUGGAGAAGCUGAAAGCCCUCCACGUCGACUCCGCGGAGUACAGCUGCCUCAAGGCCAUCGUGCUCUUCACAACAGACGCAUGCGGACUAUCGGAUGUCGGGCACAUCGAGUCCCUUCAGGAGAAGUCUCAGUGCGCCCUGGAGGAGUACUGCAGGACGCAAUACCCGAACCAACCAACGAGGUUCGGCAAACUCCUUCUGCGACUCCCGUCCCUGAGGACAGUCUCAUCGCAGGUUAUCGAGCAACUGUUCUUCGUCCGGCUGGUCGGAAAGACGCCGAUCGAGACCCUGAUUCGAGACAUGCUCCUAUCCGGAAGCAGCUUCAGCUGGCCUUACAUGCCCUCGAUGUGACACUCCGUAUGGCGGCAGCUAGCUUCCGCGUAAUACCUCGCAAGGUGAACGGUUUAUUCGGCAUGGAAUAAAACUAGUGUUAAAAUUGAUAGAUCUGGACCGAGACGCGAGGCUAGGUUCUGUUUAUUCUGCGGUUGGCGGAGUUCAUUGUGUAUAAAAAAAAAGAAAAAAGAAAAAAAGAAGUAAUGGAAAACCCCAGCCCACCCUAGAGCAGUCCGUUUUCACCUAGACUUCUAAUUUCCCCGACACAUCAUCAUCGUCAUCGUCAUCGUCAUCGUCAUCGUCAUCUCUUUCACCGAUAAUCGAUGAUUGAGGAAUGAGCGGAAAUAUUAAAUGUGACAUAGAAUAAAAACUCUUCCAACUGAUCUGUGAAAUGAGAGAUUGUACGUUAUAAAUAUAAUAAUAAAGUGCAAACUCGACGCCGGAAGAACUAAUCACAGAGUUGAAAAUACUUGCCGAUGGCACAAGGAAAUGAAAUCACGGAUAUGUCCAGCGAAAAUAUAUAAUACACUGUAUAGAUGAGAAGAAAAACGUUUGGUGGGUAUGACGAUUCGCGAAUACCAAAUUUACGGACACUUGUACCUAUAGGCACUAAUUUUAAUACUAAACAGUCUGCGUACUGACCGCGCCUAGAGUUAGAAAGAUGAUUGAAAAAUUAUUAUUGCGAUUUAUAAUAAUGCGCAGGAUAUAUUGGAUCGCGUUUGUUUGUAAAUAUGAAGAGGAGAAGAGGUUGAAGCGCUGUGAAGAUUAAUUCGUACUUACUGUGAAUGAACGAUUUGAAAAACCGUUGACAAUUGUUUACCACAUCUUUUCAAUUCACUUGGCAUAAAGUUCUCUCUCUCUCUCUCUCUCGUUAUAAGACCGGUUACGGGGCUGCGGAGGAAUUAUAAAGUUAUCGGAGAUCAAAUCUUCGCACUAUUGAGCAGCGAGGACUGUACAUACUUUUAGUCAUUUAAUGACGCGCCGUAGUUGUUUAGUUUUCGAAUUCUCUAUAAUGAUUGAAAUUGGUAUAAGAAUCCAAUAUACCCUGCUCUUAAGUUAUACUUAAGUUAUACGCUUGUCUUUUGCUGUCGUAUAUAUAUAUGCGAUUUUUCCUUCUUUUCGGUUGUUUUAUAUUCUCAUUUUACGUUACCAAUUCACUCUAAUCCUUUCAUCUAAUCAUCUGUCAUAAGAAUUUGCGGAAUUUGGAACAUACGAUUCACGAACUCCUUGAAAUAAAGUCCAUUCCCUAGAUGUGAAAAGUCUCGUAAAAAAGUUGACAUCUAAUGAUAUUCAAAUUUUUUCGUUCCUGCCAAAAACGUGAUCGGAAAAAAAUUCGAUUCAUUCACUUCCUGCGCUACAAUUCUACACUUUGGUUCGCC